AUGGCCCCAUCACUGCCUGGCAGCUCAGGAGGCCGUCGAGGAGGAGCUCGAGGCUCGAUGCGCGCUUCGUCACAGACAGUUGAGAAACAGGACUCGGACUCGGAGGAUGUGGGCAGGAAUAGCCCAUCGCGUUCCAAGAGACCUUCCCGUCAGGCUGCUCCUAGACCAAGAGGUCGUCCCCCAAAAGUACAGCAGCUACAGCAGGAAGAAGGGGAGGAAGAAGAAGAAGAAGAGGAGGACGUGGAUGGAAUGGAGGUCGAUGACAAGGAAAACUCUCAAGGACCUAUUGGCGACGAGGAGGAAAUCGAAGGCGAGAUGGACGAGGUUGGCGAAACCAAGGUCACAAAGGACGGUGAACUCUUGGGAGGACGCCAGUACAGGUGCAGGAGCUUCAAAUUGCCAGAGAGAGGCGACAGGAUUUAUAUGCUUUCAAUGGAUCCUGCACGCGUUCUUGGAUUCAGGGACAGUUACUUGUUCUUCCUCAAGAACCCUCAGCUGGUCCGAGUCAACACAACGGUCGAGGAAAGACAGUGGAUGAUCGAGCAGGGCAUGCUGAUGGCUAAUUUCAAGUCCAAGCUGAUUGCCGUUGUCACCGCUCGGUCGAUCUUCAAGUCAUUUGGGGCCAAGAUCAUCAAGGGCGGAAAAAGUCGCGUGGAUGACUACUUUGAAUCCAGCGCUUCAGAGGAUGCGGUGGACGACUCGGAGGGUGAUACCACUUCUCGGACUGGAGACGAUAAUACACAAUCCGGAAGCACAGGAGGAAACUACCAAGCCGAGGACCAUUCUUCGCCUGCACCAUCAAAGCGCAAACACACGCUAAUGCACGAGGACUCUGCACGCCAAAUCACCGAUCUCAACUGGCAGUACGAGAGCGCCAUGGCCGUCCGUGCGCUGAAUUCUCGACUGAAGGAGCUCCGCAAGGAAAAUCCUAAAUUCCUGGAUCCCCACACCAACAUUGAGCAGAUCCCGGCCAUCACACAACCCACCCGUUGCGAUGUACAUGUUGUACGCGAGACUGCUCUUUCCUCAAAACCUCAAGUGGGCGAGGCAGAAAACGAGGAGGGGACUAUUCUCUCUAUCCCCCGAUCAAUUGGACCCCAUGUGGCUACUGAUGUCAAGGUCGAGAUCAAGCCUGGAGCACCUUUGCCUCCUCUGAUUCAUGACCCUAACGUAUGGGCGGCCAUUCCUGAAGAUAUCCGUCGCGUUUUGGAGGAAGCCGAAAUCGCACAGGCCAGGGAUUACGAUGAGAAUGACGAGGUGAUGACAAGGUUUCCCAUCUCGCUCUUGACCGGGCAGUACCAAGCGGCAUACCCAUUGCACCAAACUCGGUUCCAGCGACCUUACAACAUUGUACUCCCUCAGGGAAUGACUGCCCACGCCCAUUAUAUCCGCCAUCUGUGGUCUACUCAGCCCCACCCAGAACCCGUCUUGAUGGAGCAGACCACACGGCCAGGAACUCUUCGUCCCUCCCAGAAAAAGUCUAUCGAUCAGCAGCCACCUCAUGCACCUCAUGCACCUCAUGCACCUCAUCCGACUAUGCCUCACCACUCACAACAGCAACCACCACCUAUGCAGCAACACCAACAGCAACACCAGCAACAACAGUCACAGGGCGCUCCAUAUCAGUACCAGCCCUACCCCUCACAUCCACAGCAGCAUCAGCAUCAGCAUGCUGUUGCACCCAUGCCCAUUCAGCCCAGCAACAGUCGCCGGCGUUGA